GACAAAUCAGUCACCCUGAGAUUGGAAUGUCUGAAUUCAAAAAAAGAAAGAAACAAGAUGUGACGUUCAACAAUAAUAAUAAACCCAAAACUCUGUUUAACAUUGUUUUGGCUCCGCGAAGAUGGAUACUUGGAAAACACCUCAAAUUUCUCGGGUUCGCCCCAUAGUGCGUGUUCUCAAUUUAGACGGAGCCUCGCCCUACGCACCGUUGGAGGAGGGACCAUUGGGCACGCCCAGUCCUUUGGUAUUUGAGGGUGGAGAUUCCGUCAAACCUGGAGGCAUGGAACGCAAAAUGGAGCUUCUACAGACACAAGUGCAAUCUUUGACACAAAUGUUGGAGACACGUUUGGGUCCCUCUGAUCCAUCGAGUUUGAUGGUGGAAAAUGAGCGAUUAUCCCGAGAAAAUGCCGACUUGCGAAGAAACAUUAGGGAGUCGGAUGAUCGUUUGACCAAGUUGCAGGAGAGUGUGGUUCAAUUGCAAGAGGAAUAUCAGGAUGAAUCCGAAGAACUCUUGGCACAAGUCUCAGAGCUCACAACAGCCUGGCAAGACGAGAAGUUGGAACGACUGAAGGUCCAACAAGUGCAAGAUAAACUUAUUCGAGGGAAACAGGGUUUGGAGGCGUACUUGAAUACCUUGCCGUCCCAAGAGGAACACGAUUCACUCAAAGCCACAUUGAAGGCUCAAGAGGAUUUGUGUCAAACGCUGAAGGGACAGCUGAGCAAGGCGCAAAUUGAUACGUCGGCUCUUCGCCAAUCAUUGGCAGGAACUGAAACAACCAUAUCAUCAUUAGAGAGUAAAUUGGAAGAUAAUGAAAUAUUGGUCAAGAGCCUGCAGCAACAAGUGAGCAAAACUGAAGAACGGCGAAAGUGUGCCACCAAUAUGGAUCAGUCGCGAUUUGAAACGGCUCUGGAGGAAUUGGACGACUUGAAGUCCGAGAACCUGAACCUCAAGCGAUACGUAAAGAUUCUCCAAAACCGCCACAAACGCGAGUUGACUAAAGUACAAACAUCUCUGACCGAGAUGAGCAAGAAUUUUGAAGCCAAAACCAAAGAAUCCGUCUCACUAGCCGACAAACUUAGGGACGAGACAAAAACUGCGAAGUAUUUGCGGGAGUGUCUGACCAACACCAAAGCCAAGGUGAUCGCUUUGGAAGCGAAAAGUGGAGCAUUGGCUUCGGAACUCGAUACAGCCCGAUCCCAAGAAUCCUAUGCCAAAGAGCAGAACCGAUUGAUCAAAGUGAUUCAUAGAGAAAUCUGUGACUGUGUCAAAGAUCUUCGCAUUUUGGGCUCCGUCACUAAUCAAAUUCUAGACGGAGAUGAUCCCAAUGUUUCCAUUCUGUUGGGAAUCAAAGACUUGGACCAAAGCUCACCUUUGGGAAGCCUGUCUGAUUUAUCUACAGCUCAAUCUGUAGACUUUCUUCGAUCACAAAUCAAAUCAUUAAGGGACGUGCGGCGAGAAGUUCAAGAAAUCAGAGGGAAAAUAUCGGAUAAAUAUGCGGAGAAUAUUGGAUCAAACAUGACCAGUUGUAUUACGCAAUAGCAACAACAGUUAUCUUUUUUUAUAUUUACAUUCUCUAUUUUUGGAAUGAACGUGUCUAUCUUGAAAUAUACCCAUCUGAAUCUCAA